GUCACACCAUCACUGCAUGUUUCCAUAGACCCUAAGUUGUUCCGACCUCAAUAUGCUCAAUCUGGCUUCACCAAGGCCUCACAGAGCGCUGAUGAUGGCGGUGCACUGAGCCUCUACGUCACGGUGUACAAACUCGAGCGACCAUGAUGCUGCAGUACACAGUCUGCGUCAUCGCACCCUGUCCCGACUCACAGUCUUGGCUAGAUAGCACAUUACACACAGUGCAGUAUCCCCAAAGAUGUCAUUGUCCGCGACCAAUUCAGUACCACCGCAGGUCCCCAUCCCCGUAGAUCAAGAGACGCGUCCAUGGCCCUACGACACGGCGCGGUCAACCGGGACGUCAUGCACGCCCCUCCUCGCUGCCAUCCUCGCCGCAGACACGCACAACAUGGUCGCCAGCGGGCCCGGCUCGGACUUCCGCAGCGUCGAGGAGCACAUCCGCGGCGUCCGCCCGUGGCUGGACGCGGAGGACCGCACGCUCAAGAGCCUCGUUUUCUGGGUGUACCCUGAAGGCCUAUCGGGGCCGUACCACGAGACGGAGGACGGACAGGUGAAAGAGCACGGGCUGCUGGUGACGAUUGAGCGGGGGACGAAGGUGGCGGAUAUGAUGGAGGCGGUGAAGGGUGCGUUCGUGGAGGAGGGCACGGCGCAUGUGCACGUCCCUGCUGUUUGAAGGGGGCCGUGUGCGUAUCCCCAAUGAACACAGAAAGCAGGUGCGAUGUAGCAUGUUCGUUGAUACGAUCUCAUCCAUCUUGUCAGUUGUUGCAUGUCAGCGGUACUUCGGUGCCAUGAUAGGGUCCAGCAGCGCAGCGACCUGCUCGUACACAGUGAACAGGAUCCCUCCACUAAAUAUCGUCCUCCCGAGCCUCAUCACCGUCCCGCGCCAGAGCCCCCUCACGCCGUCGUCCGCCAGUAUAC